AUAUCUAUAUGGUCCCCCUAAAAUAUGUUUAUGAAAUUCUUUUAUUUUUAAAAUUUAAAUUGAUUAGUCCGUGAAAUAAGCGCAAUUUCACCUUACAGUUAACAUAUAAUAUUUGUUUUCGGUAGUUUAAACAGUCCGUUAUGGAAAAAGUACGUAAACCAGCAUAUGACACCAGAAAAAACAUUUCUCUGUUUAGACAAAUGCUCCAGAUAGACUUAAUUUUUUGCGAAUUUUUGUUUACUCGACCCUGUUAUACUUGAAUGUUCAGAUUAAGUGACGUGCUAGGUUCUCACGCUGUACAGGCAAAGACCAGAACUCAUGGAGCCAAAACAGAGUUUGCUCAGCCCAUUGUUGGGUCCACCAGAGGAGGUAUAAAUAGUGCGGGCAAAACCGCAGAACAGCAUCAGUUGAUCACAUUCGCUUGCCAAUAGUGAAUAGUCACAAUGAAGUACUCCUGUGUCCUGCUCCUUUUGGCCACCGUCGCCUGUUUCCUGGUGAGCCUGUCCAGUGCAACUACCACGACCACCACCACGACAGAUGCCACUACCACGACCACCACGACCACCGCCUCGUCGUCUGACACCACUACCACGACAGCUUCGUCCUCGGACACCACGACUACCACGGAAUCAUCCUCUUCCAAGAAGAAGAAGCGCGUGAUCCACAGCAAGCGCAAGGAGCGCAGGCCCAAGAAGGUCAGGAAGAUCAAGCGUAAAGGCGGUAGGAGGAACAAGAACAAGAGGCGCAGCGGUUAAACUGCUAGAGAAAACCUGCCUGAUCACCUGACCCAGCCCCCUUCCCGAAAUUCCGAAAUUCCCGAUUCCCAAACAGCUUUAUAAUUUUACCUUAUUUACUUUAUGGCAUUAAUUAAAUAAUUCAACAAAAAACGCUUCUAUUGCUUUGUAUACAUGGAACCAAAAAAAAGGAUCAACAUGAUUCACUUAUAUGUAUAUUA